GGAGAGGAGCUCCCCUAUCUGUCCAGAAAAAGACACUGGGAAACUCCAGCAGAGCACAUAGCAGACACACAUCCAGCCAGGACAUCUCACCUCUGCGCUGUAACAUGACAACCAAUGGUACCAUAGAGAAUGGACUGCCGGACAUCAAAACCCCCAUGUUCCCACGACCAGUCUCUAGUAUAGAAAUUCAGCACUAUCACAAGAUAUUCAUUAACAAUGACUGGCACCAAUCAGUCAGUGGGAGAACAUUUCCUGUGUACAACCCAACUAACGGCAAGAAGAUCUGUGACGUGCAGGAGGCAGAUAAGGCAGAUGUGGACAAAGCGGUGGAGGCAGCACGAGCUGCAUUCCAGAGGAGUUCUCCAUGGAGAAGGUUGGAUGCCAGCGGCAGAGGAAAGCUGCUUCACAAGCUGAGUGACCUUCUGGAGCGAGACAGACGUGUCCUGGCUACUCUAGAAACAAUGGACACUGGAAAACCAUUUCUGCAUGCCUAUCUCGUAGACCUGGAGGGCUGUAUCCGGACUCUACGCUAUUUUGCUGGUUGGGCUGAUAAAAUACAGGGAAAGACAAUACCGGUGGAUGAAAGUUAUCUCUGCUACACGGUACAUGAGCCGGUGGGAGUGUGCGGGGCCAUCACACCUUGGAACUUUCCUCUUAUGAUGCUGAUCUGGAAGAUGGCACCAGCUCUGUGCUGUGGGAACACGCUGGUGAUAAAGCCGGCCGAGCAGACACCUCUCACAUCCCUCUACAUCGGGUCAUUAAUCAAAGAGGCUGGGUUCCCUCCUGGGGUAGUUAAUAUUGUGCCAGGAUUUGGCCCCACAGCCGGCUCGGCCAUCUCUCACCACAAUGACGUUGACAAAAUAGCUUUUACUGGCUCCACAGAAGUUGGCAAAUUAAUCAAAGAAGCGGCUUCUGCAAGCAAUCUGAAACGCGUCACUCUGGAACUCGGGGGGAAAAACCCAUGCAUUGUCUUUGCAGAUGCUGAUUUGGAACAUGCUGUGAAAUGUGCUCAUCAGGGGGGCUUCUUCAACCAAGGCCAGUGCUGUACCGCAGCCUCCCGGGUAUUUGUGGAGGAAGCCGUGUACCCAGAAUUUGUCACACGAAGUGUGGAUUAUGCCAAGAAGCGGAUUCUCGGGGACCCCUUCGAUUGUAAUACUGAACAGGGGCCUCAGGUUGACCAGAAGCAGUUCAACAAGAUUUUGGAGCUCAUACAGAGCGGGAAGGAUGAAGGAGCCAAACUGGAGUGCGGUGGGUCUUCAGCUGGAGAACGAGGUUUCUUCAUUAAGCCCACUGUAUUCUCCGAGGUGACAGAUGACAUGAGGAUAGCCAAGGAAGAGAUUUUUGGACCUGUCCAAUCUAUUCUGAAAUUCAAAAGCUUGGAGGAAGUGAUACAGCGGGCAAACAGCACCGAGUAUGGACUGACAGCCGCAGUGUUUACAGAGAGCUUGGACAAAGCUCUGACUGUCGCCUCUGCCCUGCAGUCUGGAACCGUGUGGAUUAACUGUUACAACGCUCUCCAUGCUCAGACCCCCUUUGGAGGAUUCAAAAUGUCAGGAAAUGGCAGAGAACUUGGUGAAUACGCUCUGGCAGAAUACACAGAAGUUAAAACGGUCACUAUCAAAUUAUCAAAAGAGAAGCUCUGAAGAGAAGGACACUGAUGGAAAAUUUGACCCAGGACAACAAUAAACUCAUUAAUCCUGUGAAAUAUUCUUAAACCAUGAACCAUUCCAGUAAUGUCUUCUCCAAACCGAUACCUGGAUGAGAGAAGAAUUGUGAUUCGGCAGAAGAUACGAUCAUCUAUUAUAUAAAAGCUGCAUCAUCUUUGCUCUUGAUGAGGAUAUUUGCGCUCUACUGACCACAAAACAUAGAAACCGUUGAGAGGACUUUGCAUAAUUUAUAUUUUGUCACUUUUAAAGUGGAACUAAAACUUAUUAUUUGUUUACUGGAUGAUUCCAUAUUUUAGAGAAAAUGCACAAUGUCACCAGCAAUGCGUAAAUACUAAAACUGCAGCAAUGUCAGAGCUGCCAAAACGACAAAAACUUGCUACAGUACACGGUUGAGUCUCCCUUAUCCAUAUAGUCUAAAAUCCAAACUAUUCCAAAAACCGUAGUUUUCAUGCAGCUGUGGCACAUGACCUGACGUCAUGACGUUGUCUGAUAUCUAUAAACUAUGAGUGGGGUACUGUGCAUGGUUUAGCAGCCAUUCUGAGUGGCAGCAGACACCGGGGUCAUGGCUACAUUUUUGCCUGCACUCCUGCACCCCACCAAACCAUACAACAAAACCCGCUGAACCAUCCCACGGCACCUGCCAGACCAUCUUGCAUCCUGUUGCUGUCUCCGCUCUCAUGGCCGAAUUGCCACUUACUAGGUAUUCCAAAAUCUCCCCAAAUCCUAAAUGAUUCUAGUCCCAAGCAAUUCAGAUAUCAGAGACUCAACCUGUAAAGCUAAACAGCUGUGGUAGUCAAGUUUGUUUAAAUAGAUUGUCCACCUUCACACCACUUUUAUUGUACUGGCUUGCACAUGUGCUCCUACUGCUACUGCAAAGCUCUAUCUCUCUAUAAGGGGCAGAUGUAUUAAGCCUGUAUAAACCAGUGAUGAGUGCAAGGUGAUAAUGCACCAUCCAAUCAGCUCCAAUAUGUAAAUUUACAGUUCGGAGCUGAUUGGCUGGUGCAUUAUCACCUUACACUUAUCACUGCUUUAUCACUUCUCCAGGCUUAAUACAUCUGCCCCUAUAUAUUCCUUCUGUGCUUUUCAGAUAUGUCUGUCUAUAAACAGGCGGUUGUUUAUUUUCAUUUCUCUACUAAAUUGUCCUAAAGUUUAACAUAAUCUGCUGUGCUUUAUAUAUUAGAAACACGCAGCAGAUUAUGUUACAUUUUAGGAAUGUAGUUAAUAAAAUGCAUAUGGGGAAGUCAGUAAAUUAAAGCUGUCUGAAGGUGUACAGUUAUUUAGUGGGUACCAUAGGGGGUAGAACAGGUGACUAAAGGAUCUUAUUAGGCCCAUCUACUGUAAAUAUCAAGGAUAAAUAAUACAAAUGGUACAUAAAGCAACUAGGUCCACACCGUGCUUGGUCUGACGGCCUUAUAGCAGUAAUGUACAUAACAGCUUUAUUCUAUUAGCUAUUUACAUUUUAGAUAACCAAAAUAAUCAAAGCCAAGAUCUGCUUCUUAUAGAAAUAGCAUAUUCAAUACACUAAUACCAAAUGUUAAUAGAGACGCUAUCAUGGCAACUCCCUGUCCACAAACAAAGAGUUCAGCUGAUUGAGGAAAGAUAUAUACAUAGAUUUUUAUAUGGAGUUUUAUUCUGCAUAUUUGUAUUUUUUUGUUAGUUAUAAAUUGUCCUGACCUUAUAGCUAAAUGAUUUUUUGCUACAUUUUAAUAAGAAUGAUUUUCCUACUUUUUAUUAUUUUUCUUUAGUACACAGUCAUUACCAGCAGACUAUGGGGCUGAUGCAGGGUUUGUCGUCCCUGUUUGCAGAGCAUGUCUUUUAUGCUCCGAAACUGAGCCCGCGCAAGCAUGGGUGAUACAGAAUCGUACACUUUCUAGUCGUGAACACAGUUACAUCCAAAGAGGCGUAAGUGGGUUGUAACAGGGUGUUCUUAUGUAGGUGAGGGCAUAUACACACAACCGUGAGCUAUGCAGAGCUGGACGUAAGAGAAUAUUCACUUGUUUGGAGACGUAUGUUAUUGAACCUAGUAUAUUGUAGGUUCAAGUGCACACUGAUGGUGACUAGUUGAAAACUAGGUGCACAAAGUAAAGGCGAUCUUAUAUCGUAAUCCCACAGGUGCGCACAUAGGGGAACAUACGUAUGUCUUACAUGCACGCAGUACUCCUGGAGCAAAUAUGGCUCACUAACUUCGUCAGGCCCUAUAUCUUGUUAUACUUGUAUAUGUUACACUAUCAAUAUUGUCACAUAAUUAGAAAUGUUGCUACUAAUAUGUCCUUUCUGGGUACAGAAUAUUUUAUAUUGUGAUAAGUUUAACUGUAUUCCUUUUUUCCCCCUAUGAGCCAGUAAAAUAUAAAGAGUAUAUAUUUAUAUUUAUGAAAUAGAAUGCAGUUAACUAUACAGUUCUUUUUUUUAUUUUAUUUUUUAUUUUCAUAGUGUAAAUAAAUGCUACAUACUGUUUAAAUGUUUA